GGUGGGUGGGGUGUGGAGCGGGACUGGAGCAGCCGCCGCCUGGGCCGCCGCCUACAGAACCUUCCUUGUGCCUGGUGAUACCGGGACGAUGCGGCCAGGGCCCGGAGGCUGCUGCUGCCGUCGCCCGGUGCGGGCGAACGGUUGUGUGGCGAACGGGGAAGUGCGGAACGGCUAUGUGAGGAGCAGCGCCGCAGCCGCCGCCGGCCAGUUCCAUCGUGUUACACAAAAUGGAGGACUUUACAAAAGACCAUUUAAUGAAGAUUUUGAAGAAACACCAAUGCUGGUUGCUGUGCUUACUUAUGUGGGAUAUGGUGUACUCACUCUCUUUGGAUACCUUCGAGAUUUCUUGAGGCAUUGGAGAAUUGAAAAGUGUCAUCAUGCAACAGAAAGAAAAGAACAACAGGACUUUGUGUCAUUGUAUCAGGAUUUCGAAAACUUCUACACAAGGAACCUGUACAUGCGGAUUAGAGACAACUGGAAUCGGCCGAUCUGCAGUGUGCCUGGGGCCAGGGUGGACAUCAUGGAGAGGCAGUCUCACGAUUACAACUGGUCCUUCAAGUACACAGGGAAUAUAAUUAAAGGCGUUAUAAACAUGGGUUCCUACAACUAUCUCGGCUUUGCACGGAAUACAGGAUCAUGUCAAGAAGCAGCUGCCAAAGUCCUAGAGGAGUAUGGAGUUGGAGUGUGUAGCACUCGACAGGAAAUCGGAAACCUAGACAAGCAUGAAGAGCUAGAAAAGCUUGUGGCAAGUUUCUUGGGAGUAGAAGCUGCUAUGGCAUAUGGCAUGGGAUUUGCAACAAAUUCAAUGAACAUUCCUGCUCUUGUUGGCAAAGGUUGCCUGAUACUGAGUGAUGAACUGAACCACGCAUCGCUGGUUCUAGGAGCCAGGCUCUCGGGAGCAACCAUUCGAAUCUUCAAACACAACAAUAUGCAAAGCCUAGAGAAGCUGUUGAAAGAUGCCAUUGUUUAUGGGCAGCCUCGGACACGGAGGCCCUGGAAGAAAAUUCUAAUCCUUGUGGAGGGAAUAUAUAGCAUGGAGGGAUCUAUUGUUCGCCUUCCUGAAGUGAUUGCCCUUAAGAAGAAAUACAAGGCAUACUUGUAUCUAGAUGAAGCUCACAGCAUUGGGGCUCUGGGCCCUACAGGUCGAGGUGUGGUAGAUUACUUUGGCCUGGAUCCUGAGGAUGUGGACGUUAUGAUGGGAACAUUCACAAAGAGCUUUGGUGCUUCUGGAGGAUACAUUGGAGGCAAGAAGGAGCUGAUAGACUAUCUGCGAACACAUUCUCAUAGUGCAGUGUAUGCCACGUCACUGUCGCCACCUGUCGUGGAACAGAUUGUCACCUCUAUGAAGUGCAUCAUGGGGCAGGAUGGCACGACCCUCGGCAAAGAGUGUAUCCAGCAGUUGGCUGAAAACACCAGGUAUUUCAGGAGGCGUCUGAAAGAGAUGGGCUUCAUCAUCUAUGGGAAUGAAGACUCCCCAGUGGUUCCUUUGAUGCUCUACAUGCCAGCCAAGAUCGGCGCCUUUGGACGGGAGAUGCUGAAGCGGAAUAUCGGUGUGGUUGUGGUGGGAUUUCCUGCUACUCCAAUUAUUGAGUCCAGAGCCAGGUUUUGCCUGUCAGCAGCUCAUACCAAAGAAAUACUUGAUACUGCUUUAAAGGAGAUAGAUGAAGUUGGGGAUCUAUUGCAACUGAAGUAUUCCCGUCAUCGGUUGGUGCCUCUACUGGACAGGCCCUUUGACGAGACUACCUAUGAAGAAACAGAAGACUGAGCCUUUUUGGUGCUCCCUUGGAGGAACUCUCCCUCACCCAGGACAGUGUGUGGACUUUCUGAGCCAGUUCCAGGAACCAGACUUCUGUGGCCAUCUCACGUGAAAGACAUUUCCUCAACUACUGACGGUGGCCACCUCGUUCUAAAUGGCAUUUUGUAAAUAGUCAAAAACUGCUUCACAUUCUUCCUUUGCUACAUUUCACCUUUAAAAAAAAGAGGUGACCCACUCUACUUUUUUGUCCAUUAAAAAUGUUUUAUUUUAUAACUCUUCUUCUUACGAAAUCACGCUGACCGUAGCCUGGCCCUGGCUAACCACACAGGCCGUUACCCUCUCCCCACUGCCUGCAGACUUGGCCCAUCCAAAGCUCCUGCUGGCCCCAGCCCUGCAGCCUCCAGACUCACCCAGCCCUCCUCCCCAGGGAGCAAGUGCCUUCCACUUACUUCCAAUCCAGGUCUCAGAGGCCGCCAACAUUGGAAUCCUUACUAAACCAGUAAAGUAUUCAACCAAAGUGUUCUCCCUUUCGUCUGAUGUUCAGCUGUUUAAGGAAAACCAUGAACACUAACAUUGCUAAAAACUGCCCCUCGUUGUGUAACUGCCCCUGGCGAGGAGCCUCCCAAGGUUUGGUCUUGUUCUGGUCACCAGGUGAUUUCUUCUUUCACCAUCAGAUAUGGAUGAUGGUCACUGUCUGAGGGGUAUGUCCAAUUUCUGGGUUCUUCCUGAGCUCUAAACAAAACACUUCAGUUGUGCGGAAAGCACCCUCAUCCCACCCCGGUCAGACUGGUGUAGUGAGGCUGACUCCCGCCUCACUGUGUUGUGUGUGUGCAGCUGCUCGCCAGGGGCCUGCUGUCCUGCAGGGGUGCGGGGCCGGGCCUCGGGGACAGAGCUGGCAGAACGUCUGUGCUCAGUUCUUACUGUUCUCUGCUUUUCAGAAUUGCGACCGCCUCUGCCUGGGGCUGAUAAAGGAAAAUGUUGGUAAAUCCUCUGCUCAGAAGUCAGUUGUCAUGUUCCUGUUUAAGGAUUAAAGUUAUUAACUUACUCUUUUUAGAAGCUGACCCAUUUAAAUAUUACUUUUCUGAGCGCUCGUUCUCCUUUACUCUUAGUGUCCUAAGACAAUUCUAAUCUGGCAUCUGGGGUUUAGGGUCUCUCUUUGUUUUUUUUUUUUUCCCCCCCUAAGAAAUUCUGAACACAUAUCUCUUUGCUAAACUGGGAUCCUCUAGUUUGACGCUCUUCAUACCAGGUAAGGGCACUAGUUCCAGAGAGCUUUUAUACUGCUUGACCAAAGAACACAUCUGAAAACCACCAUGUUAAAGCUCUUCCUUUUUCCGUUGACCAAAGCUUAAGUGAAGAGAACUUUUGACUUAUACCCAAAACCAGCUUGUCUUUUAUAGUCUUAUAGUAGCCGUCGAGUAAUAUGGGGGAAGGAUCAGGAACAGAAUGGAAAAACAGUGUGUGAAAGUAGCUUUGCACGUCUGUAUUUUUGAAAUCACUCCUUGUAUUGGUAGAAAUUCUCCUGGGCUCCUUGCCAUCCGCUUGGUGUUUGUGCAGACACAGGUGGUGGACGAUGAGAGCAACAGGAUUGUCGAAGUUUUGUUUUCAUGUGUUAAGUUCCCUUUGGUCGCUCACAGCAUCUGAGAGCCUUCAGCCUUUGAAAUAUUCCAAGGUUUUGUUUUACUUUUUUAAAGAAUAGAAAAAGGUGAAUAUAAGAACCAAGUAGAAAUGCAGGGACUGUAGUUAGCCUGGAGAAAAUGAAGUUAAAAAAAAAAAAAAAAGACAUUGCGGUAACUAAGUCACUAGUCCUGUGGAAUAAACGUUGCCAACCUUUACAUCUCGUUCCUCAUUGUAGAACCCCACUAGAACAUCAGACAGCUUUUGCACUGCAGUCACUUAUCAAGGGGUGUAGGGUUUGCAUGAAGUCACUGCAAUUUAAAAUGUCAGUAUGGGCAUUUCAAUACAUUAUAUAUAUAUCUCACUUUGCUAGUGCGAAGUUAUGUCAGAAUAAAUGUAGUUAAGUUACAAGUUUAUUUUGAAGAGACAAAACUGUGAUCCACCCAGGACCUCUGCUUUCGAGAAGACAAAAAUGUUUUACAUGCUGGUUGUCUCUUCUUGGAAGCUGUAAUAUAAAUCUAGAGUCCAGUUGUAUCCCAGGGCUCCUUGUUUAACCAAGCACUGGGGGACGUAUAUAAAACAGUCACUGGGAAUGAGGAGACCUAAGCAUUGUUCCGUGCAUGGUUGAACGCAGCCUGAUUCACGAAUCUGAUGGGGGAUGCACACAGGUGUCGGCUAACGGUUACUACCAGAGCUGAUCAUCGGAGUCCGUCAGUAGAGUGACUAAUCCUUACCACUUUCUCUCAUCCCUCUUACUAUUUAGCACUGCCUUUAUCCAUUUCAGGCUUGCAAGACCUUUUUCUGCAGAUCACAUCAGAAACCAGGAAAUUUUUAACUAGGAGACCUCAGAAUCACAAAGAAUGGGUCAAGAGGCAGUGGCAGACUCUCCUCCCACCUUUAUUUUUAAAAGUUUUACCCUAGAAUAUGGCACACACUCCACAGCCAGUAAAGAGUGAAAGAGUGCGUUCAGGGGCAGGGUCCUUGGAGCACUUUAACUUUCUGCUUUACUCUGGAAAGUGUCUUCCCUUUAAAAAUCACCCUAGUCUCCAGAACCACAAAGUACUGCUUGCUUUUUUGAAGAACUUGGCAUCCUAGUCCUGCAGUUACUAUCUUAAACUUUCGUGACAGGGCAAGGACUUCAGAUGGUCCGGACACGCUUCUUCCUGAAUCUGUCACGGAAGGUGAGCAGAAAUACGCUAUACGAUGGCUAAGGGCUAUGUUUGCUUAACGCCCUUUCAGUAGCCCAGGAAUGGAAUAUUGUGCCAAUGAUUUGUCUCUCUAUUCCCCUCCAUCCUGCAUUUGGCCUUUUCUUUCUGAACCUUCCCAUUCUUGAGUUUUGGAAUUUCAGCUCCAGAGAAAACCUACGUGGCGAUAAGGUAUUUGGAGGAUCGCUAGGUCAGACAGCCUGUCCUGGGACCCUGGCCUUCCAUUUCGGGAGGAGUCAGGGGACUUCUUUCUUCUCUGCUUGAGGGAGCCUGUGUCUCAGUUUGUUAUGACUAGUCCAAUCUGGCUGAAUUUUGUAAUUGUUCAAUAUGCUUUGUUCUAUUUCUGUGAGUGAAAACCAGGAGGAAGAAUGGCUCACAUGGAGAGAUUUCCUGGCUUCUCAGGGAAGGGGAAAAAGCGAUGCUGUCUACCACUACCUCCCUGUUUCUCCCCGCAACCCUGCUCCCUUUCCAAACUGGUGAGGCUCUCUGGCCGCUAGUUGUCCUGGAUUGGGAAGCAGCAGUGAAGACAAAGAAUUUGGGUAAUUCUUACUCUGUAAGAAUUUGUAGAUACAACUGUACUGGCUCUCGGUUCUCUCGUAUAAAGAACUGCUGUGACCUGAGUCCCAGGGUGUCUUUCCUUUCCUGGUGUUCGAGGUAAGCCAGGAUGGCCUUUCAUCUCUCCUGGCAGUAACCCGUGCGGUCAGCCAAGAGGGAAGAGCGUAGGGGCCUUUCCUUCUGAAUGCCUGUCUUCAUGAAGAUCAGAACCAUUGAGCCUUUUCACACAGGUAAACUCAGCAUACCCCAGACGGGUCAUGAAGGGGGAGUUAGGAAAAUCAAAUGAGGAUUCUUGGCUGCUGAGCAGCUAUGGGCUUAAAGGCAGCCCGGAACUACAGAUGUGCUGCUACCUGCUUAAUGUGGAAGUUCAUUGCCCGGCCGGCAGGCAUCUUCGUCCAUUAAGCCAGUAAUCAGAAUACCUUCCACGUGCAGAAAAGCGUAUCUGAUUCUCUCCUCAGCUUUAUCCACAGGAAAUGUAGUGUUCAGGCUCCUACCCAAUUACCAUGUGCCCGGAUAGCCUCAGUAGAAGGCUGGCUUCCUGCCUUAUCAUACAGGAGAAAUGCUAGGAUGAGCCAGUGAUCCUUUUGCUUUUAAUUGUAUGGAGAAGGGUGCCCCUUCUGUCAUUUCCAGUGACUUCUGUUUUCCAAGCACCUUUUGCUAUAGAUUUUGGGGGGGGAGUGCCCAAAGGAGUUAGCCUGCGGACUUACUGAAGCUGUUUAUUAUUCUAGACUUCUCUUGAAUCUGGAGGUAUUCCCAGUCGCCCUGGGGAGUGGUUUGGUGGGGGCGGGGGGCAUGGGCAAGAUCUGGUUUACUACAUCGUAUGUGUGAUAGAUGGCCUUGAACUGUCACUCUUUGUGGUGUGAUGAGUUCUAAUAAACUGACCAUAAAGAAUGCAGUGGUUCUUCUAGGGCGGUUGUGCAUUUUUGAUGAAGCAACACCCAAAGCUGUUUCUUUGGAGGCAUUGUGGGGAAGUUGAAUGCAAGGGAAAGACGAGAACAGUACCCUGAUGUGCUCAGUGUCCUUGCUUGUUGCCAUCCCCAUGGAUAAGUGGAUCCUCUCUGCACCAGGAGCCUAGAGUCCGUUCAGAGUCUGAUUUCCCCACAGUUCUCAGGUUUCUUGUGUGAAGCUCGAAGCUCAGUGGCUCGGUGCAGGCCUUCUAAGGGGAUGUGGGACGUAUUCCUGAUUGGGGUGGAGUGGUAACUUGUCUUCACCCUUAACAUUAGGUCAUGUUACCUCAGUGACGCUAAACCAGUGGUUGGAAUGAUGAUAAGCCUCCUAGAUGGUUCUUUCCGGUCAGCCAGCGUGCCCACACAGUCUUGAUGAUCCCUCUCUGUGUAAAGGUAGCAAACAUUAAGAGAAGGGGGAAAGAGAAAUGGUUUAUGGGGAGCUGAGAUCUCAUUUUGUUGGCCUUUAUUUUUCCAUUGACCAAUUUGCCUGUAAACUGGACUUUGCAAGAGGUGCUGUGAUAAUCCCUCUCUGUUGCUGUGAUCCUUACAUAAUCUGAGAAAGCGAGAGGGGGAAAUAUAAAUAAAAAUUUUUAAAUUUUAGUAAUGUGUGAAAAUGUCACUCUUCUCUUUCCCCCUUACCUCCGUCUCCCUUUUUUGCCAGAUGAUUUUUUUUUAACCUCAUCGGGUGACUGUGAAGCUAUAACUGAUGGGUUGGGUUAGGCGUAUCUGUUCGAGAGCCCAUGUUAAGAACCGAAGGGGAACUCCUUGAGAUGACUUAAGAAUCAUCCCAUGCAAAUAUAUUGUUUUGCGCAAAUAAACUAUUCAGAAAGCUA